GGGUCUGCGCCGGCCGCCGAGCCGCGACCUUUCUUGCACUCCUCAGAUCGGCGCGCGGCUAUGGCGCGGAAGUUCCACUUACGUCUACUUCUCGUAGCGCUCCUGCUCGGUCCGGCCCUGGUGCGCGGCUCCAGCCCCCUGCCCCUCGUCCUCAACACUUGGCCUUUUAAGAAUGCAACCGAAGCAGCGUGGAAGACACUAGCCUCUGGAGGUUCUACCCUGGAUGCUAUUGAGAGUGGCUGUGCUGUGUGUGAGAGAGAGCAGUGUGACGGCUCUGUAGGCUUUGGAGGAAGUCCUGAUGAACUAGGGGAAACCACACUGGAUGCCAUGAUCAUGGAUGGCACUACUAUGGACGUAGGAGCAGUAGGAGAUCUUAGACGAAUUAAAAAUGCUAUUGGUGUGGCACGGAAAAUACUGGAACAUACAACACAUACACUUUUAGCAGGAGAGUCAGCUACCAAGUUUGCUGAAAGCAUGGGAUUUAUCAAUGAGGAUUUGUCUACCUGUACUUCUCGAGCCCUUCAUUCAGAUUGGCUUGUUCGGAAUUGCCAGCCAAAUUAUUGGAGGAACGUUAUACCAGAUGCUUCAAAGUACUGUGGACCCUACAAACCACCCAGUAUCCUAAAGCAGGAUGAUCCUAUCUGUAAAGAAAUUAGAGAUGACCAUGGUCAUGAUACUAUUGGCAUGGUUGUAAUCCACAAGAUGGGACAAACUGCUGCUGGUACAUCUACAAAUGGUUUAAAAUUCAAAAUACCUGGUCGUAUAGGAGAUUCACCGAUACCUGGAGCUGGGGCCUAUGCGGAUGAUACUGCAGGUGCAGCUGCAGCCACUGGGGAUGGGGAUACACUGAUGCGCUUUCUGCCAAGCUAUCAAGCUGUAGAAUAUAUGAGGAAAGGAGAAGAUCCAACUAUAGCUUGCCAAAAAGUGAUUGCAAGAAUUCAGAAGCAUUUUCCAAAAUUCUUUGGGGCUGUUAUAUGUGCCAAUGUGACCGGAAGUUAUGGUGCUGCAUGUAAUAAACUUCCAACAUUUACUCAGUUUAGUUUCAUGGUUUAUAAUUCUUUAAGAAAUCAGCCAACUGAGGAGAAAGUAGACUGCAUCUAAUCCAUCCUUUCAACCAACAUCUAUUUAAAAAAGGAAACAAAGGCUGAAAAGGUUACUUAACUGUCAUCAUGUAGUGUUCCUCAUGUAUUCUAAGGUCUUUAUGUAAAAUCAAGCACAAAAAUAAAUUUAUGCUGAAGUGGCACUGUCACUUUCUAUAUCUGAAA